AGCGCGAUGGCGGCGGCUCCUUCAGGCCGCUGAAGGGGGAUUUAGGCCCGGAAGAUCCGAGUCCAUCCGCGGCGGGGAGAGGGCGAGCGGGGUCGGCGGGGGCCGGAGCAGGGGCGGCGGCGCUCGGACUGUCCCAUCCGCCCGGUAUUGAGGCUCUGGGAGCAGCGGGGCGGCCGGAAAGCGAUGGUGAAAGCGGGGCCGUGAGGGGGGCGGAGCCGGUAGCCCGACCCGCCGUAGCGGCAGCAGCGGCGCCGCCUCCCCGAGCUCAGACCCAGGAAGCGGCCGGGAGGGCAAGAGCGAGCCGGACCCGCCGCCGCCGCCGCCAUGGAGCUCAGAGUCGGGAACAGGUACCGGCUGGGCCGGAAGAUCGGCAGCGGCUCCUUCGGAGACAUCUAUCUCGGUACGGACAUUGCUGCCGGAGAAGAAGUUGCCAUCAAGCUUGAAUGCGUCAAAACCAAACACCCUCAGCUCCACAUUGAGAGCAAAAUCUACAAAAUGAUGCAGGGAGGAGUUGGUAUCCCCACCAUCCGGUGGUGCGGGGCGGAGGGGGACUACAACGUCAUGGUGAUGGAGCUGUUGGGGCCAAGCCUGGAGGAUCUGUUCAACUUCUGCUCAAGGAAAUUCAGCCUCAAAACUGUCCUGCUGCUUGCUGACCAGAUGAUCAGUCGCAUUGAAUACAUUCACUCAAAGAAUUUCAUCCACCGGGACGUGAAGCCAGAUAACUUUCUCAUGGGGCUGGGGAAGAAGGGCAACCUGGUGUACAUCAUUGACUUCGGGCUGGCCAAGAAGUACCGGGACGCACGGACCCACCAGCACAUCCCGUACCGUGAGAACAAGAACCUCACUGGGACGGCGCGGUACGCCUCUAUCAACACGCACCUUGGAAUCGAACAAUCCCGGAGAGAUGACCUGGAGUCACUGGGCUAUGUGCUCAUGUACUUCAAUCUGGGCUCUCUGCCCUGGCAGGGGCUGAAGGCCGCCACCAAGAGGCAGAAGUAUGAGCGGAUCAGCGAGAAGAAGAUGUCCACUCCCAUCGAAGUGCUGUGUAAAAGCUACCCCUCUGAGUUCGCCACGUACCUGAACUUCUGCCGCUCCUUGCGUUUUGACGACAAGCCCGACUACUCCUACCUGCGGCAGCUCUUCAGGAACCUCUUCCACCGCCAGGGCUUCUCCUACGACUACGUGUUCGACUGGAACAUGCUCAAGUUCGGAGCCGGCCGGGCCGCCGACGAUGCUGAGCGGGAGCGCCGGGACCGAGAGGAGCGGCUGAGGCACUCCCGAAACCCAGCCGCCCGUGGCCUCCCCUCCACGGCCUCUGGCCGCCUGCGCGGCACCCAGGAAGUGGCUCCGCCCACCCCCCUCACCCCUACCUCACACACUGCUAACACCUCUCCUCGGCCCGUGUCUGGUGUGGAAAGAGAGCGGAAAGUGAGUAUGCGGCUGCACCGCGGCGCCCCUGUCAACAUCUCGUCCUCUGAUCUCACGGGCCGGCAAGACACCUCCCGCAUGUCCACCUCUCAGAAUAGCAUUCCUUUCGAACACCACGGCAAGUAGCUGCACGUCUCCCCGUUGGAAGGCAGCACCGGAUUCCCGGUCGGGUGGCUUCCAGUGGUCUUCAGUCUGUGGUGCACCGAUGAGAACUCUCCUUUUUGCUGUGAAGGGCAGACAAUGCAUGGCUGAUCUACUCUGUUACAAUGGCUUUACUAGUGACGCGCCCCCCGGUCUAGAACCGAAACGUUAACACCGGGAGCUCUCCAGGCCGCCCACCCAGCGACGCCCGUGGGGGACACAAAACACAAACUAAACCGGACAGACUGCAAAGCGCUGCCGUCGCAGGGGCUGCACCGAGGGCCCCCCACGUGGGCUCGGUUGUCGCGGGCUGGGAAGAAAAGCAGAGUGUGAGAGACACUUGCAGAGAGAACCAAACUCCCGCUCCAGAGCCUUCCGGUUCCCCUCCAGUGGCGGUGCGCCCUGCUCCCUGACGAGCCCACUGUAGCCACCGACCUUCUACUUGGUUAAGACAGUUUUGUAUAAUUUUGCUAAAAAUUACUGGCUUAAAUCUGUGUAAAGAAAUCCGUCUUUUUAUUGUUUCUUUCUCGUCUGUUUUUGUGGUCCUAAAACCGGUGUUGACUUGAACGAGCCCUGGAACGAAGGCUGGAGUGGAGUCUCUGUGCAGGCCGAGCGAGUCAGGGAGCAGAGCGCGCGCGGGCGCCCAUCCUCUGCUUUGUGGUCCCUUCGCCGCGUGGCCCGCUGCGGAGAGGGGUUGUCUCACCAGAAGUGCUGUCCGUGUAGACGUGUGUGUAAGUGCCAUGUGUGCAUCUGUGUGUGUCGUGUGCCGUGUGUCCUGUGGCCUCAUUACGCUGGUUUUGGCUGUCCCCGUCCCUUCCCCACCUUCGCCGGAACGCCUGCGCGAUGCGGUCCUCUAGGUGCCCCGGACGCACGGAACGAAGCCGAGCACGGAAGACCUCGGAGGCCAAGGCUUUUCGCAUGGGCGUUGCUGGUCCCUCGGGAGACGAUUUCAAACCGAGAGACAUCGGCCCCUCCUCCGGGUCACGUGUGGUUAUUUUGGUGGUGGCAGCGCCUCAGUGUCUUUGAAUUUGGGACGUUCUCUAAACUGACUGUAAACGUGAUCGGUGUAGAUUGGCCCUCGAUGUGCAUUAACGUCUGUGUGCUCAGAGCCAAGGGUGCGGCCGUCUGCGCUGGGCCAGGUGUGACCACGGCAGCCUCGGCCCGAGGGGAUCCACCCGGAAGUGCCAAGAAGCUGGCGACUCAACCUAGUCACCCAGGAGGGUGCGGUGUUGCACGCUUCCUUCCACGACCUUUGUUGGGCCGGAGCGGACCCCGCAGCGUUCAAGCAGCAGGGCGGGGCUGCGUCCUGCAAGAAGGACACUGGGGCUGCUGGGCUCCUGGUGGUUUUCCUGGUCACUCCCUCGUUCCAUGGCAGGCAGCGGCCCAGGCGGUGGUGGCAGCCCGCAGCCGGGAGCCCCCGUUGUGGGAAACCAGGUGCGAUCAUCGGUGUUUGUGGGUACGCCCACCCCUCCUCCUGCCACCCCACCGCAGGGUGCUCUGGAGACCAGGGCGCGCACAGCAAGUGAGGGGCCGGAGCGUCCAUGCCCGUGUUUUCCCGCUUUCGGCCCCCUCGGGCCCCGAGCACGGGAGCGUGGGUCUGCGGGACAGCCUGUUGGGUGUGCGCGGGUGGCACAGAGCAUGGCUCUUGGCUGCUUUGUGAGUACCGAGCGGGGACUUGGCCAAGUGGGGCUGUGUUUCUGGGGGUGCGGCGCGAGCCGGGCCGGGUCCGGGCGAGGUGGGGGGCUGUCGUGACCCAGUACCCUCGGGAGGUGGGAGGCGGCCCUGCCCCUGUGGGUGAGUUGUUAGCAGCCGCCGCUGCCGCUGGAGUGCCGGAGACCGCCGGGGGCGGCCUGCCCUCGCUCCCUGUCAGGGCUUCAACCUGAAAUGGCUGGAUUGGGUUUGAGAGGUGGGUGCAGAGCCUGGGCCCUCAGCGGUGCGGCCGGCCAGCCGUCCGUCCGUCCGUCCGUCCGUGCACACUUGCUGCCCUCCCGCUGCGGGAAACGUAGUUGCAACGUGUGUGUCAACCUGUGUACUGGUGGCCGGUCCCUGACCUGGCUCGUUUCUGUGAUCGCUGCAUUUAUGUGCUUAACCACCGUGUAAAUAAACCCGUGAUGACUUUUACCUUUC